CCCUAAAAUAAUGGGCCAAUGUUCUGUGUGUUUCUUUCUGAUUUCUUACAUGAACACUUAACUUAAGUAAAUCACUAAUUACGGAUUAGUUGAUAUUAAUCAAAUCUUAAACUUAAAGUAAUCUCAGAUUAACCCAUCACCAUCAUCAUCAUCAUCAUCUUCUUCAAACCCUUUUUCCUCUCACAGUCGCAUACCAGAAAUUUGGUUCCAAAAAAAACCAUUAUUCAAUUUCGAAGCAACACUCAACAAAUACCACACAUUGAUUCCUAUUCUUCUCUCCAACUACUAAUUCAUUUGAUUUCUCUUACUUUUUCUCUCUCUCUAGUAGUAGGUUUUAGAGAGAGAACAAGAACAAGAAGAAGAGGGAAUGAAGCUCUCGGCUUUGCACCAGAGCUACAUGAAUCGAAGGAACAGCAGUUUUAGAGGAUCUGCGCCGUUGGAUUCGUCAUCGGACGGUUCGAUUAGGUCACCGGCGGCGAUCUUUUGGCUUGUGUUACAUGGACUUUGUUGCUUAAUAAGUCUCGUUCUUGGAUUUCGUUUUUCUCGUUUGGUUUUCUUCUUUCUCUUUUCAACUUCUUCUUCUUCUACUAAUGGUCUUUAUCCUGUGCCGUUUCGGUCUACUUCUGAGCUCGGUGGUGGUCCCUUCGAUUUGCUAAGACGUUCGAAUCCUUCUGGUGAUGAUGAAUUUCCGAUGAAUAGGAGUGUUCUUACAGGUGGUACUUCUGCUAGUCGUGUUGUGGUUGGACGACACGGGAUCCGAAUCAGACCUUGGCCGCAUCCGAAUCCGACUGAGGUUAUGAAGGCUCAUCAGAUUAUUGAUACGGUUCAGAGGGAACAGAGGCGUCAAUUUGGUGUCAAGAACCCUAAAACUGUCAUUGUUGUGACUCCUACUUAUGUGAGGACGUUUCAGGCUCUUCAUAUGACUGGAUUGAUGCACUCGUUGAUGCUUGUCCCUUAUGAAGUCGUUUGGAUCGUGGUUGAGGCUGGUGGAGCUAGCAAUGAGACUGCUUCGAUUCUUGACAAGUCAGGGCUUAGGACCAUUCACGUUGGAUUUGAGCAGCGGAUGCCGAAUUCUUGGGAAGGUCGUCAUCGAUUGGAGGCUCGAAUGAGACUUCGUGCAUUGAGAACUGUAAGAGACCAGAAGCUAGAUGGGAUUGUGAUGUUUGCUGAUGACAGUAAUAUGCAUAGUAUGGAACUCUUUGAUGAGAUCCAGAACGUGAAAUGGUUUGGUGCUCUUUCAGUUGGAAUUCUUGCUCAUUCGGGCGAUACAGAGUCAAGUGAAUCAUUGGUAUCUUCAAAACAGAAGAAGGAAGAUGAGCAAAACUUGCCAAUGCCUGUUCAGGGUCCUGCUUGUAACUCAUCCAAUAAGUUAAUUGGUUGGCACACCUUUAAUUCGUUGCCACAUUCGGGAAAGAAGGCAAUUUACAUUGAUGAUCGGGCAGCGGUGCUUCCCAGGAAGCUUGAAUGGGCUGGAUUUGUGUUGAAUUCCAAGAUGCUUUGGAAGGAUGCUGAAGAUAAGCCGGAAUGGGUUAGGGAUCUAGAUACAUUGGAUGGAGUUGGUGAGGAUUUAGAGAGUCCCUUAUUCUUGUUGAAGGACCCUUCCAUGGUUGAGCCGCUUGGAAGCUGUGGACGCCAGGUUUUGCUUUGGUGGCUUCGUGUUGAAGCUCGGUUUGAUAGCAAAUUUCCUUCCAGGCAAGUCUUCUAUCUAUAAAAUGAAACUACCACUCAUUCCAUUAAUAUUCCAGGUGUAAGUGUCCUUUUCAUAAACUUAAUUAACUAAAAUUAAAGCUCAAAGAAAAAAACCAAUGAGCUAUAAAGGUGGGUCGAUUAGAUACUGGUUCUGAAAAAUCUAUAUUUGAUAGAUCACGUGAAUCUCGUUAUAUAAACAAACUAUUCACUUGUAAAAUUCCUGUUGGAACCAAUAUAAGUAAAACUACUUGGGGUUUUUGUUAUUUUAGUUAUUGUUGGGGGCUGGAUGGUAAAUUUGAGAUUAUACUCAUAUAUUUUAGGUGCUAUAAUACAGGGUGUUAAUACGCAUUUUUUUUAAUAAUGGUCGUAUUAUAUAUUAAUGUUUAGAAUCAGUAGUUCCUCGUUUCAAAUGAAAAAUUAACAAUGAAGUCUCUUGAAAAAGGAAGAAUAGAUAAAAUAGAUUGUUACACAAGAACAGAAUAAAUAGAAGAAUUGAUAAACUAAUCAAGAAUCCCCUUUUAAUUAUAAGUUUUCGUAAUUGUAUAUAUUAAAAAUAUUCUAUUUUAUAGGUUUAUACGGACUUGAACGGUAGACCUUCUCGGUAAAACAGACUAAACUUUUUAUUAUCAAAACUAUUUGAAUUGUUUCAAAGACCCAACAUGCUUUUUUUCUUAGCAUUGGAUUUUUUUGUUAGUCUGCCAUAUUUUAUUUUUUGAUAGAAAAAAUAAAGCUUAUAAUUGAGUUAAAUUAUCUAAUCUUGUGUGUAUUCAUAUCAAACAUACACAAAUUUAUUAGAUCACUUCAACAUUUUCAGCUAUGUUUAGUUUUUUUUUCUUAAGAAACUAUUCAUGAUGAUAACAUUGUAAUAUUGUUAUGACAGAUGGAUAAUUGAUCCUCCUUUGGAAGUGACUGUACCCUCCAAAAGAACACCAUGGCCCGAUGCCCCUCC